CCUGCCGCGAUGCCCAGUGACACCCCGGCCAUCAGCAACCCCCCGGACGUCGCGGGCCCAGGGGACGAGGCGAACAGCUUCGGGCAGGCGGCGGCCGCCAUGGUCUCUGCCCCGGCGGACAGUGGCGCCGCCGCAGCGGGGAAGAAGCGUCCGCGACUGCCCAAGUGUGCCCGCUGCCGCAACCACGGCUACUCUUCGCCGCUGAAGGGGCACAAGCGCUUCUGCAUGUGGCGGGACUGCCUGUGCAACAAGUGCAGCCUCAUCGCCGAGCGGCAGCGCAUCAUGGCAGCGCAGGUUGCCCUAAGAAGACAGCAAGCUCAGGAAGAGGAACUGGGAAUCAGCCACCCAAUGCCCCUGCCCACUGUUGCUGAGAUGUUUGUUAAGAACAGUGGUGGCAGCCCUUGCCUCUCGCUGGGAAGCAGCAGCCCAGUGCACUCGACAGGUACAGCCAUGGCAGCAGCUAGUACACCACCAGAGGGACGGAUGCUCAUUCAGGACAUCCCUUCCCUCCCCAGCAGAGGGCACGUGGAGAGCACGUCUGAGCUGGUUGUGGACUCCGCCUACUACAGCAGUUUCUACCAGCCGCCUCUGUAUCCUUGUUACAGCAACCUGUGCAACUACUCCCAGUACCAGAUGGCAGUGGCUGGCGAGCCUUCCUCAAGUGAGACGGGGGGGGCAGUUGUAGGGUCUGCCAUGAAGAACAGCCGUCGAAGUCUCCCAGCAACAUACAUGCCGAGCCAGUCAGGGAAACAGUGGCAGGUGAAGGGCAUGGAGAAACACCACACCAUCAGCUCCCAGUACCGUAUGUGUUCCUACUACCCACCUGCUUCCUACCUGGGACAGGGGGUUGGCACUUCCAUGUGCCGCCCCCAAAUCCUGACCCCUGAGGACAUCCCCUCCUCCUCGGAGUCAAAAGCUAAAGGGUUUUCGCCGCCCAGCAGCCAGGACUCCGGCCCGGGGUGCCUGUCGAGCAGCAACGAGAGCGCCAAGGGGGAGCUGGAGUGCGAGCUCCCCGCGGAGCCCGACCAGCUCGCCAUGAGCCCGGUGCAGCAGGGUGGCGAGUAG